AUGAAGCUCAGCCUCGCCGCCGUCUUCCUAUUCGCCACCUCGGUUCUGGCGGCCGCCGUUCCCAACCACGCUGCCCGCGCAUCGUACGCGCUCGACAUCGCCGAGCUCCAAGUCCGCAUCCAGCAGCUCGAGCACGAGGUCGCCAUGCUCGUCAGCGUCGGCGAGAUCGGCUCAGCGCAGCAGCGCAACGCCGAGAUCGAGCUCCUCAAGUCCCAGCUUGCCGGAUACCAGGCCAGCGAGGCGAACAACGUCCAUAUCUGGGGCGGGAUUCACAGCCGCGACACCCACGAGCCUCGCGCGAGCUUUGUCGUCAACAUUGCGGAGCUUCAGGAGCGUAUCCGCCAGCUGGAGCACGAGCGCAACAUUCUCUUCAGCGUUGGCGAGACCGAGGCCGCGAACCGCAAGGGUGCCGAGAUCGACCAGCUCAAGGUCCAGCUGGCCUCGUACCAGUCCACCGAGGACGGGAACGCGGACAUCUGGGCGGGUAUCGGCAAGCGCAACGCCAAGCGUCAAAGCACCGCGACCACCUUCCAGGAGGUGCAAGACGAGAUUGCCGAGCUCAUCGAGCAGAUUGUGGCCCUCCAGGCUAGCGGUGACACCGAGGAGGCGGCCGAGCUGCACCGCGAGCUGGACCAGUUGCGCGCCAUGGGCGACUCGUACGCUGAUGCUGAGCGCCUGAACUAUCCUGGCCGCAAGUGA